UUCUUCAAACUUUUGCUCUGAAUUUUUCUAUCUUUUAAAAUAAGCUUUAUUGUUUGUCUUAUACAACUAUAAUAUCCUUCUCGUUCUUAUAUCGUUAAGUGAUCGACACCAUGGAUUUCAUUUAAAAAAUAAUUAAAAAUUGCGCUUAUCAAUUUUUACAAAACCAAUAGAACUUCGCGAAGUGUCUUUUUGAUUUUUUCCAAUGUAAAGUUUACAUUAUCGCGUCAGACUUAUCCGUCACGAUGAUAAAAACGUCUGGUAAACAAAUUAACAAAAUUAUGGUAUUUAAGUGCAUAGCACUUCUUAUGCAGUGUGCGACUAGUUGACAUUAGUAUUCACAGGUCGUUUCAUGGAUGAUGACUGUAGGCGACAUUAGUAGCAAAAAAAGAGUUCAUACAUCCUACUAAAGUGUGCUGAUCCACAUAUGUCGGUUUCUACUGUAGCAAUCAACGUGUUAACUAUUAAACGAUCGAUACUAUUAGCUUGUUGCAUAUCGAAUGAACAAUUCCAAAGCGUACAAACUCUAGCAUGAUUUCAUAACAUAAAAUUAUUACAAAAUAACAUUUACCGAAGAUUGGCAAAUGUUUAGUAUCGUUCUAUAUUUACCAGAAGAGUUAAAAACAACAAGGAUAGCGCGAAAUCCUGAGAGGUGCAAUGAAAAAACGCGAGGAAAUGGAUGUGACGUUUUUUUCUGAUUAAUUGCCACGAGAAUUGUCACCGACAGAAAGUCGGAAUCGCAGUAGAAAAACGCGCAAGAUUAAUAGCAUAAUCGAGGCAUUUUCAUUAAAACAUUGUUCGCCCCCGGGGAGAAGAAGAGAAAGCGAGAUCAAGGAAUUUUCUGUUGCUCUGAUAAAAAAAAAACAACGCGAACAUGUUUUUCACGGAAACGUUUAUCUACCAGGCACAUUUAUUAACUUUGGCUAUUUUUUCUAAUGAAACGACGAUACGAUCAAUUAAUAGACGGCGUGCAAUCACAUUACGACUUUACGCUAUAAACUCGACCGUCGCUUGGUAACGGUAGAGUAACUUUUCACCAAGUACAAUUAAAAUUUCAAUUAAAUUAUGAAAUCCCGAGCGAUGCUCUAUUAAGCUAAACUUCGUUGUUCACUUUUCUCACUGCCUGACCACGAUACGGAACAUUCUUUUCAUCUUCUUUCGCGUUAACACGAUACAACAUGGUAAAAUAUUGCAAUAAUCGAAGAAGAAUUUUACAGCGAUAUUUUAUUUAUCAGUAAGCUGAAAAUGUAACGUUCAGAAGGAGGUCUUUUUAGGUCACGUCUUUUGAUCUUAUUGACAGCUUGUAGUUUACGAUAUUAAACUCAUUAAGCUAAUUUUUUAAAGCGCUCUUUACCGUGUAACGAAGUUUUAAUUUUAAUUAAGCAAAUACUCCUGAACAUAUGUUUUAAUUCCUCUGUUAAAAAGUUUUUAAUUUAUAUUAAAAAGCUUGGCUCAUAUUAAGAGCUAUUUAAUUUAAGUAAUUAAAAGGAAUUUAUCGUUUUCCGUUUCCUUCUGUGUUUUACCCCUUUAAAAGAUUCUUCAGUAAAAUUGUUCGAUAAGAGAAAAAGUUUCCGGUUUCGCGUCCGAGUAUGCGAUAAAUAGCGAAACGUCCUAGCAAUUGGUCGUAACUGGUCGGUUAUAGAGUUCGAAAAUAAACGAGGCCGAUUGCUAGUCGGUUCCUCGUAUUAACUUUCCCGAUAAAAUUCAUUUUCUCGGUUUCUGACGAUUUCAUCGAUUCUCCAAAUGGAAUUUUCUUCCGAACUCCUCUGCCUCUGAUUCCAGCCAAGGUCAGAAGUGAAAUCGUACGGGGAGAAAAACCGGAAAAAGGGGACAAAUCUUUGAACGAAAUGAGAUAAAACCUAUCCAGAAGAGAAUUACUCUAAGUGUUUUCUUCCUCCCUUGAAGAAAAAGGAAAGAAAAACAAAAAGGUCUAUUGAUUCGACGGAAUUAAAUUGUCUACCCGCAAGCCAAACGAUAGAGAUCAUAAAAAAUGUGACAUUUAUCGCAAGACGUUCAUUAGCCUUUCUGACACUUGGGAAAUCAGAACAUCGCAUCGCUUCGAAAGCUUUCCCUAAUACUUUUCUUCCCUCCGCUUGACAAACUGUUCUCCGAGUGACGAAAACGGGGAAGAAAAAAAAUUCUUCUGAAACAAAACUUGGAACGAUCGUUUCCAGAUGCUAAACGGAUAAAAUACGAUCAUCGUGACCGAUGAUCUCUGGACGCCUGUCGCGUUAUCAAAUCGCGUGGACGGCCAAGGGGAUGGGAAAGGAAAAUGGGGAGAAUCAGCUUUAAUGUCAUGGAAAUUGGUGCAGGAUCGACCUGGAUGUACCAACUUUCUCACUGAACAUUUUCUCCGUUUUUCUUCGAACAGUCUGGGGGAAAAAAGAAUGUUCAAGAUGGGACAAAGUUGUAGAAAAGUCCGUGGAAAACAGGGGAAGAUCCAGAGAGGAUGCAGGGGAUGAUGAAAAGUUACAAGAUCUUAAAAGAAAUUAUUUCUCAAUUGGAAAUUGGUAUCGUAAUCGUUUCGUUUUUAUAGGCUACAAGAGAGUGGAAAAACAUUCCUCCUCGAGCAAGGUUUCUGGAUCCGCCCCUAAUGGAUGAGAAAUUGAUUAGUGAACUUUCUACGAGGACAGAGAAGUUUUGUGAAUAUCAAUUAUCGUGCAAGACUAUCCGUGAUACCUAAAGCAAGAAGAAUGUAUUCCAUCGAGAGAAUGUUAAUAGUGUGGUCCAUCAUGGUGACCAUACUGGUCGAUGCUACAGACUACUUGGACGACUACACGUCCGUUGAAUACACCGAUGAAUCUGAGAUGGAUUUUAACGCCACUAAUUGCAGUAACAUUUACUGCAUCUCGAACGACGAAUACGUGGAUCGUAUGAUGAACUACAUAUUCCCGAAAUUGUGGGACUGGGUUCUGAUCGCUUCUCACGGUAUCAUCUUCCUCGUCGGAUUAAUUGGAAACGUGCUAGUCUGCACAGCAGUGUACAGAAAUCACACGAUGAGAACUGUAACGAAUUAUUUUAUCGUCAAUCUAGCCGUGGCUGAUUUUCUAGUACUGUUGCUCUGUCUUCCUUUCACGGUGCUCUGGGACAUCACCGAGACCUGGUUCUUGGGUCUGACUUUAUGCAAAGCUGUGCCGUACCUUCAGACAGUAUCGGUGACCGUGAGCAUAAUGACUUUAACAUUCAUAUCGAUAGACCGGUGGUACGCCAUAUGUUUCCCUUUGAGGUUCAAGUCUACAACGGGACGAGCAAAAACAGCGAUUAUUGUAAUCUGGGCGAUGGCGCUUCUCUUUGAUCUUCCAGACCUGCUGGUAUUGCACACCGUUCCACCGACGCAUAUCCGAGUGAAGACCAUUCUGUUUACGCAAUGCGACAUGUCCUGGAGUCAAAAGAGCCAAGUCACCUUCACUAUUGUGAAGCUAAUCUUUCUGUACACUGGACCGUUAAUCUUCAUGAGCGUGGCGUAUUGGCAGAUCGUCAGAGUCCUCUGGAGAAGCGAUAUUCCAGGACACAACUUACUGUCACGGGCAUCCCAGAUGAGCCAGACACCUUCGUCCGGCGGCGGUAAUCCUGAGAUACAGCUAAGAUCUCGACGAAAAGCGGCGAAAAUGUUAGUCACGGUGGUCAUCACUUUUGCCAUUUGCUAUUUCCCCGUGCACUUACUCUCUGUCUUAAGGUAUACCAUUACGCUGCCAUCAAACAAGUGGAUAAACGCCAUCAGUUUGAUUGCACACGGUCUCUGUUACUUCAAUAGCGCGGUUAAUCCUCUGAUCUACAACUUCAUGAGCGGGAAAUUUCGAAAGGAGUUUAGACGUACUUUCCGUUGCGCUCAAGAUAGUUCACGUAUUCAACGUGGAUACCUGGCAAGUACAUCUAAUCUGGCUAGAAUAAAAUCUCGAACCACGACGACGAUACGAACAACAACGUUUAAAAAUAAUAAUAACGUUCAACGAACUACCGAAAUUAUACCUCUCGGUGGUGUAACAAGCGUCCAACAAAACGAGAAACACGACUGAUCGUAAGUAUACGUAAGUAUUAUGGUGAUUACCAUCAGAGAUGCUGUAAACUUCAAAAGUAAUUUAUUGAAAUAUAAUUUCAACCUUAAUAGUAAAAUAUUUGAUAGCAGAUACAUGCAAAGAAAAAGUUGUGUUUCACCUGUUAAAGUUUAAGUAACAGAAAGAUAUAUAAAGAAACUACCAUAUUUUAGUUCCUACUGGUACUGGUAGACAUGUUAAAUUUGUUUAAAAAAUAACAUUAGGUAUUUGAUGUAACGAAACACUGAAUUAUUUUAAAUGUAUUUAUACUAAACUCGAUGUUUGUUCUCUGAGAACAGAAACAUAGGCACACGCGAAUUUGCGAAUCAUUCUUCAUAACUGAAUGAUCGCAACCCUAUGAUUGUAAUUUAUAUUUAUAAUAUUCAAAUGGUAUGACGGACAUACCGACAAAAUCGUAUGUAAAAAAUUUCAUAACUUUUAUCCUAGUACUAUGUUAUAAAUAUAAUGUGAUGUGAAUCUUG